AUGGCGCCUCCACAGAAUGAUCGAAAGCGCAGGAGGCAAGACAGUGAAUCCUCUGCUGCCACAAGAUCGCACGAUCCGGAUGGCGGAAUCUCGCGGACGCCGAAGAAGGCAAAGGUGGAAGACCGACGGUCUGUCUUUGUGCGGUCAUUGCCUCCCAGCGCCACGAACGAGAGCCUCGCGGACUUCUUCUCGCAGUAUUUCCCCGUCAAGCACGCCACCGUGGUUGUUGACCAGAAGACGAAGGAGUCGAGAGGGUUUGGCUUCGUUGCGUUCGCCGACGCCGACGACGCCAAGGCGGCCAAGGAGGCAUUGGACAAGAAGGAAUGGGAUGGCCGGCGGAUUCGAAUCGAAGUGGCGGAGCCCAGACAUCGAAAUCCCGACCCCGAGUCAGACGCAGUAGUCAAAAAGGCUGGAAGGGCUGGGUACGAGCCGCCUUCCACCAAGCUGAUUAUUCGAAACCUGCCAUGGAGCAUCAAGACAUCAGACCAGCUUGCAAAGCUCUUCAUCAGCUAUGGAAAGGUUAAAUUUGCCGACCUGCCCCAGGACAAGGGGAAGCUCAAGGGUUUCGGCUUCGUCACUCUCAGAGGCCGGCCAAACGCAGAGAAGGCUCUCGAGGCGGUCAAUGGCAAGGUCAUAGAUGGCCGAACUUUGGCUGUGGAUUGGGCUGUUGAUAAGGCGACUUGGGACAAGCAGCAAACAGCGGAGAGCAAGAACAACGACCAGGAGCCCAAGGGCGGCAAUGACGAAGAACAAGAAGAUGAGAAAGCAGCAGCCGGAGGAAAGGACGGUGAGGUCAAGAACCGCGACGACCAACUGCAAUCAGACCUUGCCAACUUUAUGAAGAACUACAUGCACAACAUGGAGGACGAAGAAGAUGAGGAUGAGGGCGAGGAGAAGGACGACGACGAUGAGGAGGAAGAUGACGAGGAUAUGAAGUUACUGGAUCAGGACGAGGAGGAAGAGGAGAAAGAGCCCGCCAAGCCGAAGCGGGAGCUGAUGACGGACAAUUCCUCCACUGUCUUUGUUCGAAACCUGCCCUUCACGACGACGGAUGAGCAGCUUCAGUCCUUCUUUGGCCACUUUGGCAAGGUCCGCUACGCCAGAGUCGUCAUUGACAAGGCCACGGAAAAGCCGGCCGGCACAGGCUUCGUGUGCUUCGUCGACGCGGCCGACGCAAAGGCCUGCAUCGUCGGCGCCCCCCGCCGCGCGCAACCCCCGGCGGGCGGCGUCAAGCACUCCAUCCUGCAGGACGAAAACGCCGACCCCACCGGCAGAUACACGCUCGACGGCCGCGUGCUGCAGGUGGCCCAGGCCGUCGGCAGGAACGAGGCCGCCAACCUGGCGGAGAACUCGCUCGCCCAGCGGAGGCAAAAGGACAAGCGCCGGCUGUACCUCCUGGCGGAGGGCCAGCUGGGCGCGGGCUCGCCGCUGCGAGGCCUGCUGACCGACGCCGAGGUGCGGAUGCGGCAGGCGAGCGCGGCGCAGCGCAAGAAGCUCGUGGAGAAGAAUCCCAUGCUGCACAUCAGCCUGACGCGACUCGCCCUGCGCAACAUCCCCACCGACCUCGGCUCCAAGGAUCUCAAGGAGCUGGCGAGGAAGGCCGUCGUCGGCUUCGCCAAGGACGUCAGGGAAGGGCGCCGGCAGCCGCUCUCCAAGGAGGAGAACGCCCGGGACGGCAAGGACGCCAAGGAGAAGGAGAAGGAGCGCAAGCUGAAGCGCAAGGGCAUCGUCAAGCAGGCCAAGAUUGUCUUUGAGGACAACAAGGGGUCCAAGGUGUCGGAGGCGAGCGGGGCCGGCAAGAGCCGCGGCUACGGCUUCAUCGAGUACACGUCGCACCGCUGGGCCCUGAUGGGGCUGCGGUACCUCAACGGCCUGCAGCUCGACGCGCCCAACGGCAAGAAGCAGCGCCUGAUUGUCGAGUUUGCCAUUGAGAACGCGCAGGUGGUGAAGCGGCGAGAGGCGGCCGAGAAGGCGGCCAGGUCGGUGGAUGACGAGGACGAGGACGGAGAAGAGGAGGCCCCCGAGCCAAAGAAGAAGACGACGAAUGGGAAGCAAAAGGGCAAGAAGAACAAGGGGAACAUGAACAAGGGCCCCAUGGUGAAGAAGCCCGCCAAGGAGGAGGACGGCGACAAGGAGAAGCAGAAGGAGAAGGAGAAGAAGCCGACGAACGCAAAGGAGGCGAUCCAGCAGAAGUUGAUUGCGCGGAAGAGGCUGAUGCGCAAGAAGAAGGCCGUGUCCAGGGGGAAAGCAUAG